AUGAUAAAUAUAUGCCUUCAAUGUCUGACAAAGAACCUUUCCAGGUAUGCAGCAGAUAUUAAGCCAUUGCCACCCAACAUAAAGGAUAAACUGAUUAAAUUAAUGAGUAGGCAAGGGCAAAUAACUGAUUCAAAUAUCAGUCAGGUGUUGCACCCUGCUGUAGAGUCUCUAGACCUCCGAGACUGUGAUAUUUCAGAUAAUGCAUUAUUGCAGCUUUAUAACUGCAAGCAACUGAAAAAAAUCAACUUAAAUUCUUGCAAAGAAAACAGAUUGGGAAUCACUUCAGAAGGUGUCAUUGCGCUGGCCUUAUCCUGUCCUUACUUGCGUGAAGCGUCUUUUAAAAGGUGCUGUGAUAUAACUGACAGUGGAGUUCUUGCUCUUGCACUCAACUGCCAGUUCUUACAAGUAGUGAACUUGGGUAGCUGUUCAGGCAUCAUGGAUGCAUCUCUGCAGGCACUAGGAGAAAACUGCAAAUUUCUUCACAGUGUGGACUUUUCAUCUACUCAGGUAACAGAUGAUGGCGUUGUAGCACUAGUGAGUGGAACAUGUUCAGAGAAUUUAAAGGAGAUACACAUGGAACGCUGCGUGAAUCUGACCGAUGUUGCUGUGGAAGCAGUCCUUACUUGUUGUCCAAAGAUACACAUUUUUCUGUUCCAUGGAUGCCCAUUGAUAACAGAUCGUUCCCGAGAUGUUUUAGAGCAGCUAGUCAUAUCAAACAAAAUCAAGCAAGUAACAUGGACUGUUUACUGAUUAUUUAUCGUGUACGUAUGAGUGUAAAGUUUACAGAUGGGAGAGCUCUUUCAGAAAACAAGCACCUUGGAGAAAUAGCUGGUGACUUUUGGUGACCAGAUUGCUUCCCUCCUUGUUCCCACCAGAGGUCUCCGUCGCCAUUCCAGUCUUUGCCUGGUCACCAAUCAGCACUUCAGUUUGCUGUGUCCUGAUGCAUUUCCUCAGCCAGUGAUGCAGACCAUCAGCAAGUUGUUCAUCAUAAAACAUAUCUCCUAGAACAAUGAGGUCCCAGUUGCCGGCCUCUGAAUUAAUGAUGUUCUUAAUGGUGAUGGGGAAGGGAUUCAGGUUGUUCAGUUCACAGUUCAAGAUCAUUGCCAUUCCUGCAACUGAAGAAAAGUCAAAGUAAAAUUAAAGUUACAUUUUAGGAUUCU